AUGGUGGAGAUGACGUGCUGCCUCUUCACCAAUUCCACUCGAGCCAUCGCUGCUCCCCCUUCGCAUACCCAAACACCAUUCUCGAUGACCUCUUCACCUCCACUCUACUCAUUCAUGCUGUACCGCCUUACUUCUGGCCCUCCUCACAUCCCACCUCCAACCUUGCCUCCACAGGUCACUUCUAUGCUCGCAUUCUACGAUCCCCACCCCACCUCUCUCACCUUAUCCUUCCUUCCCACCACCUUAGUUAAUCUUCACUUUACCAACGAUGCCACAAGUUCAACUUCACCCACCUCCCUCCUCCUCUCUGCCUCCAUUCCGAUUCGCACCGCUCACAUCGCCUUCCUUACACAAGACCAUCCAUCCACCAUGAAGUCAACUUCACUUCGAGUGGUGCUCCUUCACCAAUUGGCGUCACGCCUACGCACGUUGGAACAGCACCGUGGCCUCGUCUUCGAGUCCAUUCUUCUGCCGAGUCACAUGUACUCCACUUGUGCCAAUUCACCAAUCACUUCAAUCCUCCACCCUCACUCCAAUUACGCAUUCACAUGCACUAACCAGCUCACGGCUCGUUUUUCACUGCUGCCUCCUCAACGAAGCCGAGUAAAACAAAACAUGUGUGUUCGUGAAACUACCGUGCAACUUACGCUCUCUCUCACCAUUCCUACAAAUAAUUUUAUUUCAACUGCAAUUAUUUCAUGUUCUGUAGCAAAAUAUCUCAACUCUAAAAUACCAUCUGCAUAG